AUGUCAACCACGUUAAAAGCGUUAGGCGUAGAAGUCUUAAGUUUCACCAAAUCUCGAUAAGAAGAAGCAGUCCACACUCAGUCUUCCUUAAGAAUUACUCCAUUUCUUAGGAUUGAUUCCGAAACGUUCGAUUGGAGUACGAUCAUUGCCAAGCCUGAACUCAUCUCAAUCAAAGGCAAAAAGCACGAAUCUUAUGUAAAUGCAGAAACUAUGGAGGAAGACUUAUUGUAAGGCGAAGCAUAAUGGCCAGUAUAGUAUUUCAAAAUUAUUCAAAUUAGUAUGCAGAAAACUCCCUUUACUUGUUUUCCUCAUCAAGUCCUUUCAGGCUGAGUCUGUUGCAGACCCUGAGUUCUUAGAAAUUAGUCAACUUUAUGAGGUUAAUUACGAUAAUAAAUGUGGCAGCAGUUUGUGCCUAUGAUUAUCAAUCCAGAAUAGAAUCCGAAGAUUACGAAAGGAAUAGGAUUUGUACAACCCUCGAGAUAGUGUGCAAUACAUUGUUUGGUUUAGAAUGUUUGAGUUAAAUAAUCGUUUAAGGAUUUGUGUUUGGAAAGAAUACGUAUUUAAAGUCAUGGUGGAAUAUUGCUAAUUUUGCGACAUUCAUCUCCACAUGGGCAAUUUUAGGCGAUAUUAAUAGUAGCAAUCAACUUGUCCAUAUCUUGAGAGUCAUAAGAAUCUUUAGAGCUCUCAGAUUAAUUCAAGACUCAAAAACACUAAAAAAAUAAUUGGAUGCUUUCAUUGGUAGUUUUUAAAGACUCGGACCAAUUCUAGUACCCUUAUUAUUUGUUGUUUUGUAUUACAGCAUUAUUGGAUUGCAUUUAUUUAUGGGAGUUACUGAAUAUAGAUGCAGAGAAACACCAGAACCUGAGGAUGGAAAAUGGAUAGCAGUGGAAGAGAUAAAGCAUUUGUGUGGGAUAUGGGACUGUCCAGAAGAUACUUAUUGUGGGUCAUUGGCUGAUCAUGGGUUGCCCAAAGACUUGUAAGAAAACAGAUAUGAAUAAUUUGGAUUUGGAUUCAUAAGAUUUGAUGACUUCUUUUACUCCUUAUUUGUUGUCUUCACUUUCCUUACUAUUAUAGGGUGGUCAGGAACAACCUUUAUGUUUUGGAGAGCCAUGACAACAUACGUUACUGCAUUCUAUUUUGUUUCAUUAAUUUUCAUUUUGUAUUUCUAAUCCAUUUUAUUUUAGGGCUUACUUGUUAUCCAAUCUACUGUUGGCAUCAUUCUACGAAUCGUUUAUGGUGCUCAGUUCAAUUAAAUAGAAUAAGAAUUCAGACAAUGAGCAAGAGGCUCUGGAGAAUGAGAUCAAGAAGAAGAAGCAAUAAUAGAUGAUGACUAGACUUCAACAAUUGAACGAUUAGAAGAACUAGAAAAGAGUCAAGAAGCGAAAAUACGAAGUUUCACUUUAUUAUGAGGAAGAAGAAUAAGAAAAUGACAUAUUGGGUGAGAAAUUCAAGAAGUUUCAACAUUUCUCAAAUCUCAUAGUGAAAUCCAAUUUGUUUAAUUAUUUGAGUUGUUCAAUGAUUUUAAUUUCGACGAUUGUCAUCAUAUCGGAUCAUCAUUAGAUUUCAGAUGAAAUGUAUUUACUUAGUAUUAAUUUAGUUAUCAAAAUUUGUUGAUUGUAGAUUUCAUUUGUAUUGUUUAUUUCAUUGUGGAACUAAUCAUAACUAUAUGGGGAAUAGGCAUGGAAUAAUUUAAAGAAAUAAUCGAUAUUUUUGACUCUCUUGUCAUACUAUCCUAAUUUAUCUUAAUAGUAGUACUAUUUUUUUUGGAUGAAAAUGUCAUUAUCAAUUAUAAUAAUUACGUCAACUUUGUCAAGGCUUUGAAGAUGCUGAGAUUGGUAAUCAUCAUUUAUUCUAUAAAUAGAUGAAAUUCCUGUAUAUCGCAAGAAUCUUCUAUUCCAUUAGUGUUUUGGCUCGUUGUCUAGUGCAAACCUUACUGAAAAUUAAGGAUUUAAUUUUCCUGUUUAUAUUCCUGAUCAUCAUUACUUCACUAUUUGGACAAGAGUUAUUAGCCUAUAAAGUGAGAUUCGAAGAAUUACCCAAUGGGGAACUUGAGAUUUCACAUUCAAAUGAAGGAAUAUCUGCUCCAAUCAAUUAUGAGGGAUUUGGAAAUGCUUUGAUGGCAGCUACAAAUGUGUUUUAUAACGAAGAAUGGCAUAUCACCAUGUUUAUUCAUGCUUAAAAAAUAUGGGUUUCUAUAUUGUAUCACAUCAUCUCCAUUCUAAUGGGUUAAGUGUUGUUUGUGAGACUGUUCCUAGCAGUUUUCUUAAAUGAAUUUUGUUAGCAACUAAAAAAGAUUGAGUAAGAAAUAAAGCCAAUCAAUUUCCUAUUGCAUGGUAAAAAGGUUUUCAAUUUUAUCGUUCAAUUCAUUAAAAAAAGAAGAAGAUCCAAAAUACAUUCUCAAGCUCAAUUGUAACAAUAGAUCAAUCCUUAGCCCAGAUCAUCAGCAAAUCCAGCCAGAGUCUCAAUGUUUCAUAAUUUAAAUGGAAUCAAAUUAUAAAGAUUACCAGAAAGUACUCAUAAUGAAUUGUUAGAUCAAAAGGUUUAGACCCCUUCCAAUAUAUUUUGUACAUCUAUGAAUUUACUAUUAUUAGCAAACAAGGAAAGUAUGAUAGAUCCGUUGAAGAAAGAGGAUAAGCCAACCGAGAAAAAUACAGACAAUAAGAAUCAUCCUGAAGAUGAUCACAUUCAAGAUCAUAAUAUCGAGGAUCAUUAGCAUGAAGAGGAUGUCGAUCAUGACUCUAGUUAGGAUGAACAUCUAAAAUCCCCAGAUGAACCUUCUCAUCCAGUUUAAGGUAAAAUAAUAAACAAAAGAAUCCAAUAAAAGUCUGUAAGGAAGACUAAUUCCGAAAGAACUCUAUUCAUAUUUGCUCCUGAAUCAGACUUUAGACAAUUAGUCACUACUCUCGUAACUAAUAUCUACUUCAGGAUAUUUAAUUUUACACUGAUUCUUUUGACUUGCAUUAGAAUUGCAUUGUUGAGUCCACUUGAAGAUCCAAACUCCGAUCUCUCUUAUGUUCUACAAAUAGGGUACAUCUUUUUAACAGUGUUUUAUAUUUUGGUUAUCUUGCUUAAUUGCAUCGCUUUUGGAUUAUACAAAACUGAGAAGUCCUUCUUUAGAUAAUCAGUGUACAAUAUUUUCUCAUUUGCAAUCACGAUAGUCGACUUAAUAACUUUGAUUUUUGACAUCUCACACCCAUUAAGUAAAUUCAUUACUUCUCUGAGAAUUCUCUAAUUUAUUCAGAUCGGAGCUGUGUUCUCUUAGAAUAUAGCAUAUGCAUAGGCAUCCUUGUUGAAUGCAUUCACUCAAAUGAUUUAAUUAGCAAUUUUCUGCAUAAUUAUAUUGUCGAUCUACGGGAUAUUUGCCCUUAAAAUGUUGAAAGGAACAAUGUAUUAUUGUGAUGCGUACGAUGCUGAGAAUAAGGAACAUAUAAAAACAUCGACGGAUUGCUAUGAUUACGGGGGAUCAUGGAUAAAUCAGAUAUUGACAUUUGACACUAUAUUUUCAAGCAUUUUGACUUUGUUCUGCGUGGCAACAUCUGAGAAUUGGAUACCUCUCUAAAUUUAAGCUUGGAAUGCUGUAGGGAUUGAUAGACAACCCAUAUCAAGCAACAACAGAACGUUUUCAGUUUACUUUUAGAUAUUUUUCUUUUUGGGUUUCUUGUGCUUAUUAAAUAUGUUUAUUGGGUUGAUUGUUAAUGCUUAUUAGGAGGCUAAGAUGAAGGCUUAGAACUUGCAUUUAUUGGACGAAACUCAGAGAGAGUGGUUUUAGAUAAAAAUGCAAAUUUACACCAUGAAGCCAUUGGUUAAGUCUAAGAAGCCAGAGAAUCCAUUGAGGAAACUUCUAUUUUUUAUGGUCAAGCAAAAGUACUUUAAGAUUUUUUGGUUGGUAAUCAUAUUUAGUAACACACUUGUAUUGGCACUUCAUUUUUAAAGAGCAGAUGAAAAUUACAUAAAUGCUUUGGAUGUCAUCAAUGAUAUAUUUGUGUCUAUUUUUGCUUUUGAAAUUUUGUGUAGAUUCUUUGCUAAAGAAAAGCAUUUAUAUUUCAAAGAUAUCUCUAACAUUGUCGAUAUCAUAGCUAUUUGGUGGGCAAUUGCAAAUCUGUUCAUUAAAAAUAAGGAUGAUUACAACUUCUACUUUAAACGAAUAUCAAAUGCAAUAUCUGUGGCAUAUCAAUUACAACGAAAUUAUCGUAUAGUGAAAAGAUUCAAUAAUUUAGAAAAGCUAUUUUCGUCCAUCUUCUCAGUGAUUCCCAAUGCCUUAUCGAUGCUGUUCAUAAUGUUUAUAUUUCUAUUCAUUUACACCACCUUGGGAAUCGAUAUGUUCGCAUUUAUUCGCACAUAGACAAGUUUGAAUGGAUGGGAUUAGCAUUUUCGUAAAUUCUCAACUGCGAUGUUUGCUUUGAUUAAAGUAGCUAGUUCAGAAAGUUGGUGGACAAUAAUGAUUGAUACUCUGCAUGAGUAAUCUCCAAAUUACGCUUGCAAUUACAUGUCAACAUAUGAAGAUUUCUUAGUUUAUGGUUUCAAUGGGUGUGGUACUCCAUACGCCUAUCUAUACUUUAUCUCUUUCCACAUAAUCUUCUCAUUGAUGAUUUUGAAUCUCCUUAUAGCCUCUGUGUUGGUAGCUUAUGAGGAACAUGUAAAGAGCGAAGAAUCAGCAGUCAGUAAAUAUUAGUUAAAUGAUGUGCUCUCGUUGUGGAGAAACUAUGAUCCUGAAGGCAAAGGGUUCAUCAAUUAUAAAGACUUUUGGAAACUGUCAUCCGAAAUAGCCAUUAUAUUUGGAGUAGCUCAAGAUGAUCUAUUGGACGUGAAUAAUAAGAAAAACUUUUUGAAGGUGUUGAACAUCCCCAUUUAUGAAUCAAAGGAAUCCAACAUGUUAUGUUACAAAUUUCAUGAUGUCAUUUUAUCACUGACCAAAAUUUCAGUCACUCUUAAGUAUGGAGUCACAAAGUAAUUAUUAUGUGUAUAUCUACUAUAGUCUCGAACCAACUGAUAAGAUCAUAUAAUAGAAGUUGUUGGCUCAAUUGGGGGAUUUGCAACGCAAGGAUCUUAUGAAUUAAUUUACUCCUACCAGUUUUAACAGUGGUGACAUGGUUGCCAUUAUUUACAUCCAAAAGAAAUUUAGACUCUGGAAAAAGAGAGUGUAGGUAUUGAGAGAAGGCGGAGAUGUUAAAGCUAUUUACAAUGAAAUGUCAGAUCUUAAGAAUAUGAUUAAGAAGUAGCUGGAACUUGAAGAAUAACAGGAAAAGUAAAACUGA